AUGUCGUUAAGGCGUUUUUUAUUCUCGACGACAUUUAUUGUCAUUUUUAUGGCUGGUGGGCAUCAAUGAUUGUUUCAAGAAAUCAACGAAAAAGUUCAGGGGCCGCCAGAAGUCAAAUGAACAACUUCCUUAGCUUCGAAUCUCAAUUCGACGCUUUGAAGGCAGAGAUGAAACGGUAUCGAAAAAGCCGGAAGAUUUAAAAUUCCCGAAAUCCCGUCGUUCCCGAAGGACUCCUUCUCCUCGAGUUCGUCCUCGUCCUCGUCUUCCUCUUCUUCAUCUUCGUCCUCCUUCUCCUCUUCAAACGGAGGUCCUCCUCAGUUUCAGAGUACCCAUCAGCAUUCUCGGAGCGGCCACAGUGACAGCUACAAAGAUGGACAGCUUCAGCAUGCCUCCGACCUCGACGUCGCAAGUCACAGCCAUCGUGCUUCCGAUGGCGACAAAGUCGUCGGGAGCGGCGAUUCGCGAGUCCUGA